CCCGCUCUGCGGGCCGUGGCUGGUCCUCGGCGCAUAGCACACCGGGAACUGUAGUUUUCUCCUGGCACACUAAUGCCAGAAAGGAGCUCUGGGAGACUGCGUUUCCCAGAGUGCAGCGGGGUGGCGAGGGAAGGCAGGGGGGAAGGGACAGUUGGUCGCAGACCGCGCUGGGUUGCCGCUGCCGCCGCUGCCGCCAUCGUGCCAGCCCCUCGGAGACCUAAAGGUCAGUGAAGGCUGAUGCUCAGUGGGCGAGAGGUCAUCAAGGUCAUUUCUGCUCCUCGAGGAGCCUGGCCUCAGUCAGCCUGCGGACUGUUGGGGUGAAGCAGGAGAUGGCGUGGUCAGCGGCCCUCUUGGAAGAACUGUAGGAGAAGCCGUCAUGAAGGUCUCAACGAGGCCGGGUGACGCUCCAGAAUGGGAGACAAGCCAAUUUGGGAGCAGAUUGGAUCCAGCUUCAUUCAACAUUACUACCAGUUAUUUGAUAACGACAGAACCCAACUAGGCGCAAUUUAUAUUGACGCAUCAUGCCUUACGUGGGAAGGACAGCAGUUCCAGGGGAAAGCUGCUAUUGUGGAGAAGCUGUCUAGCCUUCCGUUCCAGAAAAUCCAGCACAGCAUCACGGCACAGGACCAUCAGCCCACGCCAGAUAGCUGCAUCAUCAGCAUGGUUGUGGGCCAGCUCAAGGCUGAUGAAGACCCCAUCAUGGGGUUCCACCAGAUGUUCCUCUUAAAGAACAUCAACGAUGCUUGGGUUUGCACCAAUGACAUGUUCAGGCUUGCCCUGCACAACUUCGGCUGACCUCCUCCCAGCCAGGCACUCAUGCUGUUUCCUCCUCCCUCCUCUUCCUGAUACUAUUCACACUCCUCCAGAUGCUCCAAAUAUCAUACACAAACGAGCAGGGCCGCGGUGGGAGCGGGUGCAGUGCGCGGCUGCUACCGAGGUAUUGUGCAUGAUGUUUGGAUGCUAGACAGGAGAAGUUUGUGUUGUACCAGCGCAUGCCUUGGAAAGACUUAAGUAAUGCAAAAGGUUGUCUUUUUUUUUUUUUUUUUUAAUCUACUGACAAGUUGCUCUAGUAACCCAAAGAAGUGAAGGAGAAAGCAGCUGCCUCACCGCCCGAUAUUGAUUUGUUCGGAUGUUUCAAUGCCUCAUGAUACAAUAAAACCACAAAAUUUUCUUAACA